GGGAAAAGAUAUUAAGACAGAAUCCUAGGAUCUCCAGCACUUAGCUUUUCCAGGAGAAGGAAAGUCCAGUGAAGGAGACUAAGAACAGGCAGAAAGAAAGAAGGAAAGCCAAGGCGAGUUUCUACAAGGAGGGAGCGGUCAACACUGACAGAUAUAGUUGAGAUGUCACGCAAGAACAGAACUAAAGAGAGUUGAUUGGAUUUAGCCACACAAAGGCCACUGGUGAUGAAGCAGUUUUGGGACAGAUGGAGGUGGAGUGGUUGAUUCAGAACCCAGAGCUAGGAUCAGAAUCCAGACCUCCAGAACUCUCUGCACUCCCCCAUGCUACCUCUCCAUUCCUGGAGUAUGGAUUAGAUGGCCGAAGUACUGAUUAAGGGACGCUCAAUCAUAGAUCAUCUCUGUAGUUUGUUAUGAUUACAACAACGCGGGACCGACAGGACCAUCCCCUUACAAGACAACAAAACAACCCGGCAGCAGGCGCGGAGCUCUUGGCAGCUGGCUGGGCGAGAGGCGCCGCGAUGGGCUCCGUGCUGAGCAGCGAUAGCGGCAAAUCCGCGCCCGCCUCGGCCACCCCGCGGGCCCUGGAGCGCAGAAGGGACCCUGAGCUGCCCGUCACGUCCUUUGACUGCUCUGUGUGCCUCGAGGUGUUGCACCAGCCUGUCCGGACCCGCUGUGGCCACGUAUUCUGCCGUUCCUGUAUUGCUACCAGUCUAAAGAACAAUAAGUGGACCUGUCCUUAUUGCCGGGCAUAUCUUCCUUCAGAAGGAGUUCCAGCAACUGAUGUAGCCAAAAGAAUGAAAUCAGAGUACCAGAAUUGCACAGAGUGUGACACCGCGGUUUGCCUCAGUGAAAUGAGGGCACACAUAAGAACUUGUCAGAAGUACAUAGAUAAGUAUGGACCACUACAAGAACUUGGGGAGACAGCAACAAGGUGCGUGUGUCCAUUUUGUCAGAGGGAAUUGGAUGAAGACAGUUUGCUGGAUCAUUGCAUUACUCAUCACAGAUCGGAAAGGAGACCUGUGUUCUGUCCCAUUUGCCGAUUAAUACCUAAUGAGAAUCCGAACAGCUUCAGUGGCAGUUUAAUAAGACAUUUGCAAGUCAAUCACACUUUGUUUUAUGAUGAUUUCCUAGAUUUUAAUAUAAUUGAGGAGGCUCUUAUCCGAAGGGUCUUAGACCGCUCUCUUCUGGAAUAUGUGAAUCGCUCGAACACCACAUAAUUUUUUUAAAAGGAAAGAGAAGGAAAUCAUACAAUUGCACCAUUUGUUAAGAUGCUGCUUGAAAAAUUGAAGGGAAAUGGUCGAUGUUUAAUGAGCAAAAAUGUACAACACAGUUAAAUGUUUGCCCAUGUUUAUUGUUAUAUUACCUUUUAAAACUGCUUUCACUAUGGUGGUUUAAAUGUUUUACAUUCUUGAGUUUCUUAGACACUUAAUGACAAAAAAUUGUCUCCAUCAGCCAUUAAUAUAGGGAAGAGAACACAAGGCUGGGUAUGUGGGUGAAGGAUGUUUAUUUGUAAACUGGAUGACACUGUGUGUAAUGCUACAUGUUAAUAAUUACCUUCAUGGCUGGGCAAGAUAACUAAUGUUUGUUCUAUGUAAAAAGAUGGAGAGUGAAACAAAGUGUGGACUUUCAAGGAAAUAUGAAAUCUGUUCCAAUGCUCAUAUUCUAAUAUCUAAUAGAAUAACAUGAAUAACCUUACAUGAGUGUAGGAAAGGAAAAUUUUGGAAGUCAGCGAAGUCUGUUUAACCAAAUUGUGUAACAUAAUACUGUAACAAGAUAAACUUUGUGUUAGGAAUGUAUACUUAAUUAUUUGACUUUUUAUAACUGUGCACACAUAAGAAUUUAAUACUAUAUUUUUCAAAUAUUUGUAGCUUAUUAUUUAGAAAUAUUUCUAUAAUAUAGGCAAUUUUUUAAGAGCCAUCAGCUGAUAUUUACAGUAGAAGUAUUCUCAUGCAUAAUUUUUAGUGGAAAACCCUAAGGGCUUUGAUUUUUUUUUUAUUUUAUCCUUUAGAAAAAUUAUAAAAUAAAACAUAAAUAACUGAAAACCAAAAGAAAAUGUAUAGCUUAUUACAUUAUUUUAGGGAAAUACUCUUUUAGAGCUCUGCCUGCCACCCUGGAUGUCCUCUGUCUGUCCUGUCACAGCUGACGAUCUUCUUCCCCAACCCCACAGAAGUAACCACUACAUUGAUUUCAAUAGUAAUCACUUCUUUGCAUUUCUCUAUCAUCACCCACGUGUGUACCUCUACACACUGCAUUUUAAUCGUACCCAUUUAGAAUUGUUUUAUUACAUACAUCUUUUACAUCUCUCUCUUUUUUUUUUAAGAUUGGCACCCAAGCUAACAACUGUUGCCAACCUUCUUUUUAAAUUUUUUUAGUGUUU